UUUCCUGUUACAUUGUCUUUCGAAACUAACAGCGGAUGGAAGACUGCUUACGAACCCUGCACAACGACGCGGUGGUGCGGUCUUGGGAGUUAGUUGGAGGCAGAAAUCAUGAAAUCAUCCUCAUUCCAAGCAAUACUGGUACCAGUGGAAGUGGCAACAAAGAGACCUUGUGUGCUAGCUGGCUAGUAGUCCAUCUCACAUCGCUGCUUUGGUACCUACCUUCUCUCGCAGUGCCGGGUCUCCCAAAGUUUGGCUGGUAUUAUUGUCCCUAGCUAGCUAUCUUUCCCAUCUCCAAGCUUUCUCCUGACACUGUCAUAUAGUGUAGCAGUCCUGAGGAAAGCUACCGUUUUUGCUGUUGUCGUUUGUUGAAAUGGCCACCACCACCACCACCACCAAGUCAUCCUUAUCGAUGUCCAUGAGAAGCAGCAGUGCCACCGCCAGUUGUAUCACCGAAACGAGUACGAGUAAUACUAAUAGUGAUUUUCGCCACAGUCUGACAUCCGUCGACAACGAUUAUGAACAAAAGAUGGAUGACGAGUUACUACGCCGUACCAGCAAACCCUUGGUCUUUCGCAAUGUGUUUUGUGGCCGCGAAGAUGAAAUAUUAAAACUGGAAGGCAUCUUUCGUCGCACAGCGGCGGGUCGCUCCAAUAGUCCCAGCUUGGUCUUGGUCAGUGGUGCCAGUGGUACGGGCAAAUCGGCCUUGGUCGCCCGUCUACGCGAUCAUUUGGGAACGACCGAAGAAGAGUUCUUUUGGGUAUCUGGAAAAUUCGAAGAACAACAACAACAACAACAAAGUCAUGCCAUGAUGAUAGCGGAGGAAACUUGUGUGGAAGAAGAACGAAGUGGCAGUGGCGUGCUGAGCAGCACCAACAGUACCAACAGCAAUUGCUCGGAAACAGCACCCGAUAACCUUCAUCCCUUUGCAGCCAUUGUCGAUGCCUUUUCACACUUUUGUCGAGAACUGGAAGAGGAGGAACCAGAGACAAUAGAGGAAAUCAAGGCUGAUAUUCUAGAGGCAGUGGGCCAACAGGGGGCUCUACUCACCUAUAUGAUACCCAGCUUGUCCAAAAUCAUUGGAGAACAACAAGCAGCAGGAGAAACCAGUGGAGAAGUCAUUCGCUUUCAUUACGUCUUUCGCAACUUCAUUCAGGCCUUGGCCACCAAAGUCAGAAGUGUGGUCUUGGUAUUGGAAGACUUGCACAGAGCAGACAAUGCCUCUCUGGAAUUGCUACAUUAUCUAUUCACUAGCAAACUGAAGCAUGUCAUGUUUGUUGGAACCUAUAGAUCCGAUGAAGUCGAUGAGGAACAUCGCUUUUCCAAGUGGCUACAUGGCGUUCAAGAGGCACAACAAGAACAACAAAAACAACAAGAACAAUCACCGAAACAACAGUCCAACAACAACAAUCCAAAUACUCAUCACCAUCACGUCACAACACUAGGACUGGCUGAAAUGAAUCUGGACACUAUCAAUACAUUCAUCUCCAACGUGCUCAACCUUUCUGAAGAUGAAACACGAGCACUGGCACACAUUGUCUAUACCAAAACAAAAGGAAACAUCUUUUUUGUCACACAAUAUCUCGUAUUCCUCACGCGCAACUACCUCUUGUGGUUUGAUAUCAUUAAAAAGAGUUGGGAUUGGGACGAACCGGCCAUUCGAAAAGAGUCGGCCGUUACAACCACACUCCUCGAUUUUAUGCGCGACAAGUUACAACAAUCCAAAGUCGCACCCAAGAUUCUACCCGUGGCGGCUUGUUUGGGUGCCAGGUUUCAUCGGGACACGCUCCGUAUGAUACUCACCGGACUCGCGCAAGUGGAAGCACUGACACAUCUGGUGAUGGCACCGGAAUCCGAUGACGAACUCGUACAGGCACUCAAACAAUGCGAAAAGGAACGGUAUAUUGAAAAUUGUGGCAACAAGAACUACAGUUUUGUGCACGAUAAAGUACAAGAGGCAGCACUGAUACUCCACCCCAUUAUCAUUAUGCAACAGAUCCGAUAUGAAGCGGGGACCGUCCUGCUGCGGCAAUCCAAUGAAUCCGAACUGGACGAGAAACUCUUUGUGGUGGUCAACCUGUUGAAUGCCGGUCGUCUGAGAUAUGAUUCCGUGUCACCUCUGGAGAUUGCCAAGUUGAAUCUACGGGCGGCUGGAAAAGCCAAGCGGUUGGCGGCAUUUUCCAGUGCAUCGUCCUAUGUGGAAACGGCGCUGGCGAGUCUGCCGCCACCGUCGCAUCUGGAUGCCGAACAGCUUGCCAUUUUACUGGAUCUGUGGUCCCUUGGUGCCGAAGUCAACAUGGCCAUGGGGCGAACCGAGAUCACCGAAGAGUACUGCAACAAAGUGCUGGAGAGAAACGACUUUACCGUCUUGGAUCGGCUGCGGGCUCAGAAUUGCAUGUUGGACUGCAUUACCAAUCACCGCGGUCAACCAGGUGUGGCGUUGGAACGAUGCAUCGGUGUGCUCGAGCAGCUGGAUUGCAGUCUCCCCAAGGGGUCCCUCGGGCAAGGGGUGCGAACCAUCACGUCACUAUUUUCUAGCAAGGCGGCCAAGAAUAUUCCAAAGCUGGAAAUGGUUGACAGUAUGGAUGUCAUGACGGACAGGGCCAAGUUGGAGAGCAUGCGACUGAUGGAUCGAGCCGCAAUAUACGCGUACCUGGAAGCCAAUCCAAUGUUGUUUACUGUUUGUAUUGCCCGAAUGGUUCGAUGGACCAUCAAGUAUGGAAUAUGCGACCAGUCUCCAUUUGCAUUCGCAAUGCUCGGUGUCACGCUGAUGCAUGUCAUGGGUGAUUACAAAGUUGGUGCCGUGUACGCCGAGUUGGCGUUGUCGAUCAUGCGCAAGCUGCAAACACUGGCAUCCAACGACGAGUCUCAGCGUGCUGCCUUGACGCAUUCGCAGUCCCGAACUUCAUUUGCAGCCUACGGAUUUGUGUUGUACUGGAUCAAAUCCGUUCAAGAGUACCAAGACGAAAUGGUGGUUGGCCACGAAGCGGGAAUGCGAGUUGGUGAUACCGAAAGUGCACUGUGGAACACUUUUCACCACAUUGGGCUCAGUUUGGCGGCGGGGAAACCACUCGAGAAAGUUGAGGAGGUGUGCCGACGAGGGGUUUCCGAAAUGGUUGCAUUGAAACGGGGAGAGGCUGAAGUGUUCACACGGGUUGCUUGGCAAGGAUGUCUAAAUCUGAUGACCGGUGCUGAAUCACCCACAAUCCUCACCGGAAGCGCCAUGCAGGAGCAAGACUACUUUGACAAGAAGGGUUCUUGGAAAACGAAGUUGAUGCCCCAUGUGUUUGGAUACAUGAAGGUCUUCCUCUGUGCCUUUCUUGGUGACUACGAGCAGGGUGCAAAGCUGGCGAUUGAGCGUGGGGACGGCUUUGUCACAGACGCGCCUGGGUCGCACUGGACCCAAACGGAUCCGUUCCAUCGUGGCAUUUGUUUGUAUGCUGCCGCCAUUCAUUCCAAGAAGCGUUUAUACAAGCGCCAUGCCCAGAAAGUGCGAGGCACUGUGAAAACUUGGGCAAGCAAGGGGAACGCAAACGCGGUACAUCAGCUCAAGCUUUUGGAUGCCGAGCACGAGCUAUGCUGCGGGAAGCGGGAGAAUGUAAAGCCUCUCUAUGAGGAUGCCUGCGCCACAGCUUCUUCUGAAGGAUUUAUACAGGACGCGGCAUUAGCAAAUGAACGGUUCGCCGAGUUUCUCCUGUCGUCAACCGCCGAGGCUGACGUCAAAGAAGGACAGGAUCGCCUAUUGAAAGCGGUGAGUCUGUACAGCGAGUGGGGUGCACGGUCCAAGGUUCAGCUUCUUGUGGUCAAAUAUCCCGAUCUCGAGCGCGCGAGUAAACCCACCGCUCCUCGAAACAAGAUGGCCGCCAGGUCUUUCCGAGUGUCCACCGCGUCAUGAGCGAGAUCGCAGUGUUGGCAACUGCGUGCCCUGUUUCCAAUUAAUUUUUGCUUGUACUAGCCACUAGAUUGGUCCUAUUGUCCUCGUCAUUAUGUGGCAGGCUGAUGAACCGCAGCAGACGCGAGUACAAUUUUUCACAAUCCAAUGUUGUCAAUAAACUAGCUGUACCAACCAUUUUGUGAUUGGCCUAGCCAGCCAGCCAGCGGCGAAGACUAGAUUAUGCCCGUUGCUACGUUAUGGAGGAGGAGGGCAUCUUAUCUAUGGCAGUCGGCGUAAAGCGAGUCAUCUUCGCAACACACUGAACGUGUCUUUCGCGUCUUGCUCUGCCUAGUGGCAAUCACUGCGUAGCUACAUGUAUCUAGGUAAAGGUUAUUCUUGUUGUUGCUAUGGAGGAGGAGGAGGAUCUUGCUUGAAGUAGUCGGCGUAAAAGUCAUCUUCAAAUACAUUGACGACAUUCUCUUCUUGAUCACUAUUUGCUUGUGAAAGCAAAAUCGACAACACCACCAACCCAGCCGUCAUGCCAACGACUAGAGCCAUCAAACAGACCACACCCAACGCACUCAGCCGACACGCCCUCCUAGAAAUGCGGUACUCCCCAGAAUCCUCCUCAUAGGAGGACAAGCCCUUGGUCCGAAUCGUCCCAGCAGUGCUGUUGAGAUUUUCUUCGUCCACAUAGGCGAGUGCAUCUUCCAAUCUCAAGGUAUGGCUGAUUCCCCUCUCCCCCGCCGCAUUGACCGUGGCCACCGAGAUGACACCAUCGUUCUUAUUAUUGUUGUCGGAAUGAGUAGUAAAUUUGCCAAAAUCCAGCAACAAAUGGCC